AUGACCUCUCAAUACAACUUCAAGAGGAUCACGGUCGUGCCGACCGCUUCGGAACUCAAAGAAGUGGUACUGUCGAAGACCCAACGAAAAACGCCGACAGUUGUGCAUCGACAAUAUUCCAUUGGACGAAUUCGAGCUUUUUAUGCUAGAAAAAUCAAGUUUCUUCAACAAACUCUUCAUGACAAGCUCACAGAAAUCAUCAACCAAUUCCCAAAGUUGGAGGAAAUUCACCCAUUCUAUGCCGACUUGAUGAAUAUUCUCUACGAUCGGGAUCACUACAAGAUUGCGCUUGGGCAAAUGAACACAGCAAGACAUCUGAUUGAUGGAAUCGCCCGUGAAUAUGUUCGUUUGAUGAAAUAUGGUGACUCGCUCUAUCGAUGCAAAAUGCUCAAGCGAGCGGCGCUCGGUCGAAUGGUGAAAUUGUUGCGACGACAGAAAAGCUCCUUCGAAUACUUGGAACAGGUUCGACAACAUCUUUCGCGUCUACCGAGCAUUGAUCCAAACACUAGGACGUUGAUCCUUUGCGGGUUCCCAAACGUUGGAAAGUCUUCUUUCAUCAAUAAGGUUACACGAGCUGAUGUUGAAGUACAGCCAUACGCUUUCACCACGAAAGCCCUCUAUGUCGGACAUCUUGACUACAAGUUCUUGCGCUGGCAGGUUAUUGAUACUCCUGGUAUUUUGGACCAUCCACUAGAAGAUCGGAACACAAUUGAGAUGCAGGCCGUCACUGCUUUGGCUCACUUGAAAGCGGCUGUGCUUUUUAUUAUGGACGUGAGCGAGCAAUGUGAUCGAAGCAUUGAAGAACAGGUGCAUCUUUUUGAAUCAAUCAAGCCACUUUUUGCCAACAAACCAGUGCUUAUCGGUCUCAAUAAAGUGGAUGUUCGUCGUCGAGCUGAUCUUCCUGCUGACAAGGAGGCGUGCAUUAAGCGCUUGGAAGCUGAUGGAGUACCAAUUGUUGAGAUGAGCACAAUGACUGAGGAGGGAGUUCUGGGACUUCGGGAUAAUGCUUGUGAUCGCUUGCUAGUGCAACGAGUUGAGCAAAAGCUCCAAGCCAAGAAGACUGUUCUCGGCGAGGGAGUGCUAUCAAAGAUUUUUGUCGCCUACCCAACACCUAGAGAUGAGAAAGUUCGUGCUCCUUUUAUCCCGAAUGCAGCUUUGAAGAAGCGGGUUCAAACACGAAGUGGUACAAAUCGAGAUCUUAUGGCCGAAUUCCGUGAUGAACGUACGCGGAAGUUGGAGCGCGAGAUUGAACUUGAGAUGGAUGACGAUUAUGUUCUUGAUUUGAAGAAGAAUUAUUUGCUAAAGAACCCGGAUGAGAAGUAUGACAUCGUUCCUGAGAUCUGGGAGGGACACAAUUUGGCGGAUUUCAUUGAUCCAGAGAUUAGCAACAAGUUAGCGGCUUUGCUUGAGGAAGAACGUUUACGAAUUGAGGCUGGAGAAUAUGAUGAUGAUCUUGAUUCAGAUGAUGAAGAAACGAAAGACCUUCUGAAAACAGCUGAAAAGAUUAAAGAAAAAGAGGAGAUGCUCAAAUUGGAGUCGAGAGAGAAAAAGAGCAAUCAACAUCAUCACAUUUCUCGUUCAGUCGCUCGUAAACGAGAGCGAACAAUGGAUAAAUUGGAGGAAGAACUUGGUGGUCUUGGAAUGGAGGUGAAAGCCAAACGAAUGAAACACUUGGUAACGGAAUCAGCGCGUACACCAAGUGUGAAGAAGAUCAGAGUUGGUCCUUCUCGUUCAUUGUCUGCCAACCGUUCUGUGCCUCGACCUGAGCAAGGACUUCCGCAGAAGGAGAAACGUGAGAAGGUUCGCAAAUUGGCCAAGAAGGCUCAACGUGAAAUGAAUCAGGAUGCACGAAAGGGAGAAGCUGAUAGGCACAUUGGAACAAAAAUGCCAAAGCAUCUCUUCGCAGGAAAGAGGAAGAUGGGCAAGACGGAUCGCCGCUUUAUUUUUGCUCUAAUUCAGAUGGGCGAUCAGGAAUUGACUUGUUAUGUGAACAAUCUUGAUGAAGAGGUGACAGCUGAGAUAAUCGAGGAAUUGUUCACUCAAGCGGGCCCUCUGAAGAAAGUUGUUUGGAAAGGCGAUAGUGGAUAUGCGCUCAUCGUUUUUCAAGAUGAGGAAUCUGUGAUGUUUGCCGUUGAAGUGCUCGAUAAUACAAUGCUGUUUGGAAAGCCGAUCAGCGUCAAACCUAAAAACGAGUCACUUCAAUUUGAGAAGUACAAAGAAUGGAAACAGAAGCGUGACGACCAACAUGAAGAAGCGAGACAACGCAUACAGCAUCGACAACGUUCAACUAACAACUACAAUAGUCCAGGACAGCAAUGGAAUACACCUGGAUCACAAAGUGGCUCUCGUCCAGGCCGUCCACAGGAUUCUUCACAAUACACGUAUAACCGGAAUGAUCGCGAUACUCGAAGAUCUCACGAUAGCAACUCGUCUCGUAGUUAUCAAUCAUCUAACUACUCGUGGCAAAAACCACCUGCUCGCAACGAACAGCGUGACAUAGGAAUGCGGGAACCAAAGAGAUCUGAAAUGGUCAAAGUGAAAUCAAAAAAGGAAGGGGAAGAAAAAGAUCAGUCGCUCAAAGAGAUACCAAAAACGCAUGGGAGUUUGAUCAAAAAAAAGAGACCUUGGAGAAAUAAAGUGCGGAAACAAGCAAUGAAGGAGGCAAAACAAAAAGAACGACUUGAAAAACCGACAACAGUGGCUUCAAAUGAGGGACAAAAUGACAAGACAGGGAAAAAGUCGAAAAAGAAGAAGAGGAAGCAACUCCAAGAGGUUAAAGAAGAAACUCGCGAUGAAAAAGACGACGUCUUGAAAAAGUUGGAAUCGGGACGUUUCAGG